UUCCUCUCUGUUCCUCGUUCGUGCCCUUAUUUUGUAUUCACUUCCUCUGUUGCUCUGUCCUGCUUUCCGUUUCUUUCCAUUUUCUCCUGCACCUGUUUCCAAUCGGUGAUUGCUAUUUAGUUCAGGUGCACGCUCCCUUCGUUGUCGGUUCAUUGUCUUAUGUCGAGUUUUGCCAUGCUUGUACGCAAUCCUGCUACAUAGCACAAAUAAAUAUAUCUUUACCUGCAUUUGGGUCCUAAUCUCUGCAUCCUGGGGUCGAACCACAAAGCUCACAAGCCGGACCGUGACACAUCUGAAGCUGCACUUCAUCCAGGAAGAGAAGUCCAAGCAGAUUGAGGCUCUGCGUCAGAGAAUCAAAGAGCUGGAAGACAACCAGCGAGUUGGCAGCCUCAAUGACAACCGUUCGAAGAAAAGAAGGACCUAGUUUGUUUUGAAGCUAAAAGCACUAAUACGCUGGUGACCUGUCACUUCUCCAACUUCAAGCAUAAGUAUCCAUCUUGUCUUUAGGUUCCUAAGGUGAUAGCAUUUUCGGGUGCAUGGAUUUUAUUUAUUUGAUCAUCCCGACAGACAUGAGGCAGACACAAGUAUCUUCCGGAAUGCCUUCAGGACAGUUCAAGGCACCAGGGCCGAAGUUCCACCACAGUCUUUACAGUCUCACAGACAGCUCGGACCAGGACCAAGAGGAAGAUGAGGAGGCAGAUCCCCCACUGCGUAUUACCCCCCUUCAGAAGCUCACUAUAGAAAUGCACAAGGAUGAGAGGACUAUCAAGGAAUUGAUCAUAGGACGCAGGGUGGGCUUCUACAAGGUUCGAGGAGAGAUUGGCCACGGGACGUUCUCCAGAGUCAAAAUGGCUUUUCAUGCUUUGACUAAAGACAAAGUGGCACUUAAGAUCUUGGACAAAACGAGGCUCGACACGCAUGCCCAGCGACUUCUCUCUAGGGAAGUCAGCAGCAUGGACUCCAUGCAGCACCCCAACGUGAUCCGUCUCUACGAAGUGGUGGAGAUGCCGAGUCGUCUCUACCUGGUUUUGGAAUACGCCGGCGGAGGGGAUCUACACAACAGGAUCUGCAACGAGGGGAAACUUGCUGACAACAUCAGCAAGAUCACUUUCUCACAGAUGCUCUCUGCCGUCAAAUAUAUGCACAAUAUCAACAUCAUCCAUCGGGACCUGAAGGCAGAGAAUGUUCUGUUCACCACCAGCGGUUGUGUGAAAGUGGCAGACUUUGGAUUCAGCACACAGAUUUCAAACCGAAAUCACGCCCUCGAUACUUUCUGCGGCUCGCCGCCGUACGCCGCGCCGGAGCUCUUCAGGGAGGAGUCCUACCUGGGCCCCCCGGUGGAUGUGUGGGCAAUGGGGGUCAUUCUUUUCUUCAUGGUGACCGGUACGAUGCCGUUCCGUGCCGAAACCAUGGGCAAACUCAGACGCUGCAUCAUCCAAGGCAUCUACACUAUCCCUCCCUGGGUUCCUGGUCCCUGUCAGAGGCUCAUCAGGGGCAUCUUGAAGCCAGAACCCGGUGAGCGUUAUGCAGUUGACCAAAUGCUGGGCUGCGAUUGGCUUUUACCCGUCGAGUUUCCCUGGUCGUUGGCCUCUCCGGAGACAGGAAGCUCUCUCCAAGGAUCUGAGCUUAGCGACAUUGUGGAAGAGGAUGAUAUGGAGGAGGUCAGAAGCUCACUGGAGAAGCUUGGCAUCACGUCGGAACACUUACGGAACAAUCAGCUCAACAACAGCCGCAGCCCUGUCACCGGGGUGUACCGAAUCUUGCUGCACCGGGCUCAGAGGAGGCGGGGCUGCGACAGUCUGCCCGUAGUCCGAGGUAUGGUGAGGGACCCCAAGCGGGAGGGGCUUCGAGCGUAUCGGGGCCUCAGGCACACUUCGAAACUUUGUGUGCUUUCAUAGUUAAAUAUAUAUAUUAUUUGAAUUAUUGAUAUCAAGAUAUGGCGUAAUUGGGGAUACUUUUUUAAAGACUUUGAAAGACAGUGCCUGAUUGAGUCUAUGGUAUAGAAAUAUAUGUCAUCUUGUUAAAGCCUUGUUAUUCUCCCUUCUUUUCAUUGCAUGCAAUGGGUUAGAUUUGCCAUGCAACCAUAUCUAGAAUUUUGUAUUUCUUUAUGAAAAAAUGCUGCACUCAAUUAAAGGUUAAAAAGUAUAAUAAGUGAAAUGCAGGUCUUAUUCCAGCAUGAAGCCGAAGUGCUUCUUUGUGUGGAUUCUUUACCAAAGUUUCGGCAAGUGCCUGUCGGUAAAUAAUCGCCCAGACAGCAGCUGUUGGGACACCAGAUGAUACAUGGGACGACUCCACAACCGGCCCAAACCAGCCAGAUCAGUGCAAACUAAAAAACUUAGCUCCUCCCCUCCCGGCCUUGACUGACCUGCACCUGCAGGGACGGCAGAUGGCUUGGCUGCAGACAUCUGCAGGCCAGACAAUAGGAGCUGUGUGCACGACGCUGGGGCUGACAGGCCUGGAGCUGCGCUAUUGUCCGCCAAGCUUUACACAUGGAGAUUAGACGAGAGUGAAGGGAGGGGGGCUUUUUUUUUUUGUUCUUUUUAUGCUGCAGGGGACAACAGGGAGCAGAUGACAGACUGGAGCCCCUUUUGCUGUGCUUUAAACAUUUGUUACGACAACACCGAUACCCCUCCUCUAUCGCCCGCUGAACUACACACACACACACACACACACACACAAUAUAUCUACAAGAGAAAAUGCAUACACACAAGAUCCUUAUUGUCGUACUUUAUUUCCACUUGUAAUUUUACAGUUUUGUUACAUUUUUCUUCAGUAUACAAUUAAAAGUCUUUAUAUCUAACAUUCAAUUCAUUCAAGCAUAUGCUACACAAGUGAAACCUUUAGUUUUUUUUGUUGCUAAGCAAUACCUUUCGAGAAUAUAACCGUUUUUACUUUUACAUCUCGGAAUUUACAUUUUCCAAUAGUUUAACACAUUAAUAGUUAUUUUUCUAAAGUCUUAUUCUAAAGUGAAACCUUUAGAGUGCAGACAAUUUUUUAAUAUAUAUUUAUAUUUUAGCAUGAUUUUGUCGAUGUUAAAUUUCUAAAGUGAAACCUUUAGAGAAUUAAGACAAUUCUGGAAAGUGAGAAACGUUUCCGCUGACUGCAACUGUUGUCAUGUUGCUCAGCCAAGAGGCCAUCAUUAAAAAGUCCUUUUUUUGACGAGUCCUCUUCCUCAGCACCGCUUCUUCUCCUGCUGCGCGUGCUUCUCCUUCCUCUCCAAACCUCAUCCGCACAAAGAAUGAGGGUCGAUGUGUCGCUCUUGAGGCAUACCCGACCUCAUUCACACAAAGAAUGAGAGUCAUCUUGGCAUGGACGGGACAAGAGGCGACGGUUCCACGGGUGGCCCCCUCGGGCCGGCGCCGUGCUGCCUGGAUUGGGGAAUCCUCCUCAGGAGUAUCCAGGGAUGAGCAGAAACAGGCUCAUCCUGUCCAUCAGGAUGAGUAUUUCCAGAUGAGAAGCUUGACAAGCAUCUGAGACCGGAGAGGAACCCGCAUCAGCGUCCGGGGAGGCUGAUUUCGGGGACCCAGUCGUUCAGACGCCGGCUCUCCUCGCAGAAUAAGUGCAGCUUCUCCAGAGCCGGAUCCUCCCAAGAACCAUCAGAUGGGUUCUGUUCAAACAGGAAGAGGAGACAGGAUUUAGUUAUGCGCUUUCUCUUUUCCCAUGCACAGUGAACUAAACUGACUUGUUUUUUUUUUGUUUUUUGUUUUUUUUAGUGCAUUCACACUGAGAAGUCAAGACCCGGAUGUAAUGGAGAAAAAAGUGUAAAUACUGCGACCGUCAUUUCCGCUACAGUCAUCAAUUUUGGGACAGUGGUACACCCAAAAUUGUACACAAUUGGUACACAAAUUCCCAUGGCAACUAAGUAGGCGAUUAGUAUACAUAUUUAAGUGUAAGCGGUCAUUUUCGCACUGCCCGUUUGUCUUUAAUCGCCAUGACGGAGGAAGCUAACAAGCUAAAAUGAUGGUUGCUAGCUGAGUCGGCAACUGAAAAACAGCGCCCCCUAGCGGUUCGGCCUUUGAGCUACACGUACCGUGAUGAGGACACAGUGGGCGUCUUCGAGCUGCACCGACUCGCCAGCGACAAUCUCGGCCAGACGCUGCGUGUCGCUCACUCUGACGAUGCUGAUGUCGUUGUCGAAGCAGAAAGACUGAAUGAGAGUGAAGUGGAUCUGCAGAGCAAUGUCACAUUCGAACUCCUCGUCCGUGGCCAGCACGCAGAAGGACACGCUGUCUGGAUCUCUGUGAUAAAAAAAUAAUAAAAAUGA